AUGUCUACUCGUGACACGCACCCGACCCUCAUCUUUGCUGCCAUGUGCGGUGUAACUUUGGCCGCUCCCAUCACUGGUGCAGGUGAGCCGGGCAAGGCAAACAAAGAAAGCAAAGCGGUCAAGCUGAGCUGACGUUACCGUAGGACAUUCCAGACACUGCCCUUCGCAGAGGCGAGAAGAUACGCGGAAAAGACAAGAUUUCCGAAAAAGAGGCCAAGGUGAAUGCUCCCAAGACGCCUAAGAAGCGAGCGAGCACAGCAUAGGACGGGCAUCGCUUCAACAGAUAGCGAAGGGGGGCUAUACAUAUGCAACAUCUCGUGCGCGCUCGGCUUUCAGAGUCGGCGAGCUCAUCGUGAGUCGGCUCCAUGAAUCUAAUUCGAGGUCGCGGUAGUGAUGCCGCUUCCUUCCGGCGCACUUCAUCUUCAUCGAUCCUUUCAUCGACAGCUGGCCAUGCAGGCGCUCAUGAGCUUUUGAAACUUGCCUUGAUGCCUUGAUGCUUCGCCUUUCGCCUUCCCUGCCGGCCAUGUGGGUUGUCGUGAUAAGCAAGCAAGCAAAGUCACGAGUCAAUAGACAUCCGACAUCCAACCAGCGCGCCCUACCGCAGCGCUUUAUCAAGCUUGAAGAAUUAUUCAAAUCUUUGGUCGCAGCAAUCCACCCAUGCUAUGCGCUACAGCAGCUACGCCAACUCAACACCAUCCUCGAUUGUGAUGUCACGUGAUGGACUCCCCCAGCCUUGAGUAUAUUUUGCAUGGAGCACGUCAUAUCGGCGCAUAUAUUAUGCACCGCGGUGUAUAGCAACCCGACGCGCGCGCGCGCACACGGUUUAGCUCAUGCUGACAGCGCGCGCGGCGGGAGCAAGAACGCUAGCGCGCACGUCAUCUUUAAGACUUGCUCAACUGUGACCUGCGAUAGGAGGGAUGAUGUGUUGCUCGCUUGCUCGUCUCGUCCCGUCUCGUCCCGUCCCGUCUCGUCUCGCCUCACGCUCGAUCAGCGCUCAGCAAUAGCAGCGCAAGCUUUGAUUGGAGAGUCAAAAGUCACAGCUGAUGACUUGGAGGAACGCCCAGCAGCAUGAAGCUGCUGCUUAAUUGUUCCUGCAGAGAGGCGCCGGCUGAUGCGAUGGGGAGCUGCUGGUGUCACAGUCGUUGGACGCUGCUGCGUGAUGGAUGCCCUGCCUUUUGUUGGAUGGGCCGGGGGAAGGGCGUUGGGAUUGAACGCAUAUGCUUGCACUAGCUGUAUACGCUGUCGAUACUCGUGACUGUACCCGCGGCCUGACUCUUUGGGCGGAGGAGAGCUGCGGUCAGAAGAGGUCGCGCAUUUCGGUCAGGUCGUGAUGAGGCAGACUUGCAAAUUUCCUUGCUCUUCUCACUCCCACUCCUCACAUGAGCCUCUGUCGCUUGCUCUUCCGCUGGCUUGCGAUUCUCUUCUCUUUUUCUCAAUAAGCCCCUGGCGGCACAGCGCGCCGCGCGGUGAACACAUAAAAAGGGCCAAGCUCGUUCGUGAUUUGCUCCCCCAGAACGUCGCUUCUCUUUCCUACUCGCAUCCCCAACACACACACACUCACAGCUUACGCGCCCAUACGCACACACGAUGACUGACGCCCACGCCCACGCCCACGCCCACGCCUCGAGUCACCACCUCGAGCACGACGUGGUCACACCCGGCGAGGCUGAUGCCGAUGAAAAGGUAAAGGGCUUGGAUGGAGAUGUUCGGGUGUCGGACUCGAACGUCUUGACGGAUGACGCUGCCUUGCCAGCAGGCACGUUGGACCCGGUCUACGAAGCCAAGGCUCGAGUGCUGAACAGGGCCAUCCAAGAGAUUGGCAUGGGCAGGUAUCAGUGGCAAUUGUUUGUCGUCGUAGGCUUCGGAUGGGCCAGCGAUAACCUGUGGCCCAUCGUUACUUCCCUCAUCUUUACUCCCAUCUCCAACGAAUUCAAUCCCGAUAGACCUCCGCUGCUCACCCUGGCCCAGAACAUUGGUCUGCUGGUAGGCGCAGUGUUUUGGGGCUUUGGAGCAGACAUCUUUGGCAGGAGAUGGGCAUUCAAUCUCACCAUCGGCAUCACUGGUCUCUUUGGAAUGAUUGCAGGCUCUGCGCCCAACUUUGCCGCCAUUGGCGUCUUUGCAGCGCUUUGGUCCGUCGGCGUGGGCGGCAAUCUGCCAGUGGACUCUGCCAUCUUUUUGGAAUUCCUGCCGGCCACGCAUCAGUACCUGCUGACCAUCCUAUCCGUCGAUUGGGCCCUCGCUCAGCUUCUCGCCAAUCUCAUCGCUUGGCCCCUGCUAGGCAACCUGACCUGCCCACAGACCGCAGCAGUGUGUGCGCGUCAAGACAAUAUGGGUUGGCGCUACUUUAUCAUCACCAUGGGAGGUAUUGCCGUCCUCAUGUUCGUCAUACGAUUCGUCUUUUUCACCAUCUACGAGUCGCCCAAAUACCUCAUGAGCCGGGGCAGAGAUGCAGAGGCCGUUCGCGUGGUCCAUGAAGUGGCCAGACGAAAUGGAAAAGUGUCGAGUUUGACGCUGGAAGAUCUCAGCAGGUUCGACGAUGAUGUUGCGGGGGACAAGUCGGAAAAGGAGAGGGAAGAGGCUUUGGCUGCCAAUUACUCCACCAAGCAAGCCAUCCUGAGAAGCUUGAAGGAUGUGGACAGCUCCCUGAUCAAAUCCCUCUUUGCUACCCGCAAGAUGGCCAUUUCCACCUCGAUGAUCAUCGCCAUUUGGGCGCUGCUCGGCCUGUCAUUCCCGCUUUGUGAGGUGUUUAGCGCGCUGGCAGCACUCGUGCGAAGCCUCGGCUGACCCCCUGCUCCCUUUGCAUUCCUGCAGACAAUGCCUACGUGCCCUUCAUCCAAGCAUCUCGGGGCGCAGAUUUUGGUGACGGCUCCACCUAUCUCACCUAUCGCAAUUCGCUCAUCAUUGCCGUUGUGGGCAUUCCAGGCUGCAUCGCCGGCGCCUUGCUAUCCGAGCUGCCGCGCAUUGGUCGAAAGGGAACACUAUUCCUAUCCACCGCUGGCACAGGCGCUUUCCUAUUCGCCAGCACGACAGCGACCAAUUCCCCAUCCUUGCUGGGAUGGCAGUGCGCCUACUCCUUUUCCAGCUCGGCAAUGUACGCCAUCCUAUAUGCCUACACGCCAGAAGUCUUUCCUACUCGAGUCAGAGGUACGGGAAAUGCGAUCACAGCUUCGGCGAACCGCAUCUUUGGCAUCAUGGCUCCCAUCGUUGCCAUGUUUGCCAAUCUGGAAACUUCGGCGCCCGUCUAUGUCAGCGGAGCUCUAUUCAUCGCUGCUGGCAUCCUCGCUCUCGUCUUGCCCUUUGAAUCCAGAGGCAAGGCCAGCUUGUAA